UUGCAGGGGAGUUAGAGAGAGAGAGAGUUGGUUAGCAAGAGAAUGAGAGCAAAGGAAAGAGGAUAACAGAUUGUAAGAUAAAACUCCUUGGACUUGCAGAGUAAAUAUGGCAGGAGUCAUGUUGGUGUGUGGACGUCCCGUCACCCUUCUCUUCCUCAUCAGCUUUCUCCACUUUUCUUUUGUGUCAUCAUCUUCCUCAGCCUCAACUCAAAAUGCCACUCGACCCCGUUCCCCCCACUCUGAAGCGAUGAGGGAUUAUGAUGAAUAUGAUGAAGAAACCACCACAGCAUCCCCCAGAUCAUCUUCCACCGGCGCUCUCGAACUCAACCCGUGUGACUAUGACAUGUGUGUAGAGCAGCGGCAAACCUGCAUGGAGCUGGCAGAGGUGGAAAACUGCCUCUGCCCAGGUUUGAGUGAUCUCUUCACGCGCCCGAGCCCCCCGCGCAUCUCCGAUCUGAUUCAACAGGGUGGCAGAGGAGUUGAGGUGAACUGGUGUGCUCCCACCUCCUUGAUCUCCAGCUACAAUGUCCGGGUAAAAGGCAACGGCAAAGUUAUCAGUAGUAGGGUGGUGGAACAGCACAAGAGGGCGCUGGUGUUGGAGGAUGUGGAGGCUGGAGCAGUGGUGUGUGUAGAAGCGGAGAAUAAUGGUGGCAUCAGUGACCAAUCAUGUGCCAACUUUGAACCCAAGCUUUCAGAUUCUGGAUUAGCCCUGAAACUGGGCAUUAUUGGAGGAGUGGUGGGACUCAUUCUACUGCUGAUUCUGGCUCUGCUGUUGUGGAGACAUAAAAAACGACAGAAAUUAACAGCCCGGAGUGAGACAGAGGGGGUCCUGUGAGAGAGAUAGAAUUAUAUGAUAUGAUAUGAUAUGAAUGAUAUGAAUGCUCUUCAUAUUGGUGAAGAGAUGGAGGUUAAUGAAUGAGUGUGGACUGAUUGGCCGCUGCGAGCGGAUGCUGGACUAUAGAGGGAGUGUUUAUGAAUGACUUUGUGAGGGAGCAGAGAAGGUGGAUGAAUGACUCAGCACAUUCUUCUCAUUCUGCUGGUCACUGUCUAGUGAUUUAGGACAGUCACAAAACUGCAGACUGUUUGUGUGCUGACUCUAAUCAGGGGCGCCAUUGAAAAGCUCCACAUCCCCAAGCUCAAACGCACUUUAAAAUUCUGUGGAGAUAUAGAUUGAUAGAUUUUAUAUCUAAUUUUUUUUUUUCUAGACAAAAGUCAGAUUUGCAAGAUUAAACUUGGUUAAAUAAAACUGUUUCUGUCCCACACUUCUGACUGUAUAAAAAUGUUUAUUAAACAUUCAAUUUUCUUUAUUCCAGAUGCUUAAAAUAGAUGAAUUCAAUUUGUAUUAAUUGUAAUUUAAAUAACAAAAAUAUAUUAUAAAUAAUAAGAAAAUAAAUAAAUAAAGGUAACACGGUGGCUCAGUAGCUGAUGAAUAAAAUAAAUAUAAUUUUAACUUUUUCAGAAUUUUGAUUGUUUGAAGUUGAAAGUUAAUAUUUCAUUUCUGAUUUUUAAGAAAAAAGUCACAUUGGUGAGAUAUAAACUCCAUUUACUUUUUCUGAUGUUUCAGAUUUUUUUUCUCACAACCUACUUGAAAAUAAUACCAUAGUAAUUUAUAGUAAAUACUAGUGUUUUUGAACCGUACAUUAGUAAAGUUCUUGAAGAAAUCUGUUGUGGUAAUUUCAUAGCUUCUAUGCUUGUAAAACAACUAUAUAAAUAUAAACAAAUGACCCAAUAUUGUACAAAUAUAUUAUACAAAAAAACUCAAUUUACUGUCGUAAAAACUUGUUGUGUUUUUACAAUUUAUCAGUUCACUGUAGUUAAUACUACUGCAAUGUGCUGUAGCAUUCAUUUACGUGUGCUGUAGCAUUCAUUUAAGUGUUGUAAGAUACUAUAAUAUAUAGAGUAUAAUCCAUAUGACUAAAAAUGGUUCAAAAACACUGGAGUAUUUACUAUGAAGUACUAUAUUGUUUUUCAUGUGAGAAUGAUCACAGAAAUAUUUUAGUCAAAAGUUUUUAGUCAACUUUUUUUUCUCAGUUGUGAUAUAGAGAUUAGCAAUGGCAAGUCAGAACUGUUUCAUAGAAAAUCAAAAUUGCAAAAAAAAAAGCCUAAACAAGUCGAAAAGUUAGAAUUGCAAAUUAUAUUAAACUUAAUUCAGAGUUCAUAGAUUGCAAUUACAGAUACCUCCUAAUUCUGAAACACACUGAAAUGUAAACUCUGAAUUACAUUUUAUAAACUUUCUGAUCAUCUCACAAUUCAUUUUACAAAUAAAAUUAUUAUGAGAUGAUUUCUUUCUUUCUUUCUUUCUUUCUUUCUUUCUUUCUUUCUUUCUUUCUUUAUUUCUAAAUCUCAUAGCAGAAACAGGCUUCCUGUGUUAUUUCAUGAUGCAUGUGUUUUCAUCUUAAAAGGCAGAAAAACAAUUUCCCUCAUUUACUGUAGGACUGAAUCGGAUCAAAGGAUUUGUGAACACAAUAUACCAUUUUGACAUGUUUUCUAAGAAAAUCUCUGUAUAUAUAUUUGAAUGUUACCAAAUAAAAGUUUAUGUAUUUUUUA